AUGGAAAUAGAGUGUUCAAAACAUAAUAAAACACUUGAAUAUAUUUGUUUUCAAUGUAAUUUGUCGUUUUGUUACAGGUGUUCGAAUGAUCAUCCAAAAUCACAUCCCAGACAUACUUGUGAACAUAUCGAUGAUAUCAAAUUACAAUUGUUAAAGACAAUAGAUAACUCAAAGCUCAUUAAUAAUAAUAGUAAUAACAAUAAUAGUAGUAACAGAGAUAAAACUAGUAAUAGAAAUGAGAAUGUUCAAGAAAGUAAUAAUAAUAAUAAUGUUAAUAGUACAAAAGAAACAGAAAAUAACUAUAUACAAUCACAAAUUGAUAAUCUAUGGUUAAAAAUAAAAGAUUCAUCAAAACAAUACAGGUCACUCGAAGAUAAACAACAAAAGAUAAGCGAUCACUUUGCAAUAUUACAUAAAUAUUUGAUUGAAGAGGAACUUAAAUUAAAGAAACCGAUUAUAAAUGAUAUCGAUUUACUUAAAGAUCAGAUUAAUCUUAAAUUAGAUGAGUUUAAAUCACUUAUCAAAAUAAUUAAUACUUUAAAACAUAAUAAUAAUAAUAACAAUAGUAGUAAUAAUAGUGUUACAGAUGAUAGUUUAGAUUAUCAGAUUAAUGAUGAUAGUUUAGAUUAUGAUAAUGAUAAUGAUAAUGAUACAACUAUUAGAUAUUCUAUUGAAUCGAUUAUUAAUUCUGUUCUAUUGAUAGAAUCAGUACAACAAUUCAUUAAACAUCAUGAUCAAACAUUGUUUGACUAUCGGUACAAUAACAAUAAUAUUGUUAGUUUUAUCAAAGAUCAUACUACUAGCAUCGAUAUUAUCAUCCUAAAGUUAAUCAAUAUUCAUAACAAUCAAUAUAAACAAUCAAUUUCAAAGAAUAAUGUUAUCGAUAAUCAAUCAACAACAAAUAAUAUGAUCAUCGAUAAUUACAAUAUUACCACAACAUUAACACCGAAUGAUAUUGAUACUUAUCUAAAAUUUGUACGACUAUCAAUAGGUGUGACCAACCGAAAUGAUAUUCCCAAGAAAACUAAGACCACAACAACUACCGUAGAGCGAAGAAUACCUAAACAGAGAACUGAUCCAAUAAUAACACCCAAACAAGAACUAUCAAAGGAACUCGUUAAAGAAAGAUAUUUCAAGAAUCUAGUGCCAACCACCGAUGACAAUGGCAUUCCGAGUUAUACAUUUAAAUUUUUGUUACUUGGAGAUUCCUGUGUUGGAAAGACACAAAUGAUAAAUAGAUUUGCAAAUAAUGAUUUCGAUAGUUCACCUGGAAAUGUCACUCAAUUGGAUUUCACACUGCGUAUAUUCAUUGAAGAUAAAUUUACGAUUAGGCUACAACUAUGGGAUACCUGUGGAAAUAAUUCAUUCCACAAAAUUAACAUUUUCUACAUUCCUGGUCAACUAGCCAUCAUUAUUGUCUAUGAUGUCACAGAUAUCGGUUCGUUUGAAAAUGUAACAAGAUUGUUUAACAUGAUCAACGAGAACAAUGGAACGAUGGCAUAUAAAAUAUUGGUUGGCAACAAAUGUGAUAGUCCUAAAAGAGUGAUCGACUAUGAAACCGGUCAUAAGUUGGCGGAUUCGCUUGGAAUAUCAUUUAUAGAGACAUCUGCCAAAACUGGACAAGGAAUUGAAGAGCUAUUUAUGAAGCUAUACAACAUCCAUAAAAAUAUGAUUUUGAACAAAGCAAUACCAAAUCAACAACAAAACGAUGAUAAUAAUAAUAAUAAUAAUAACAAUAAUAAUAAUAACAAUAAACCUCAGGCAAAUGGUUUAUUCUCAUUUUUCAAGAGAUAA